AUGGGAGGAGCAGCAGGAACCUGCUCCUACAAAAGUGCUGCUGCAAGACGCCAAGAAGCAAACCCUGGGGCAGCAGCAGCAGCAGCAGCAGCAGCAGCAGCAGAUUCCUCGCCAGCAGCGGCAGCAGCAGGAGAGAGCGAAGAGGCCCCAAACCAGCAGCAGCAGCAGCAGCAGCAGCAGGCAGCGGAGGCUACCAGCAGCAGCAACAGCAGCAGCAAAGAACAAAUCCAAAGAGGGGACCCAGACCCUACAUCAGGGGCCCCCAUAUCUGCAGCGGGGCCCCCCCAGCAAAUAUUAGGGGCCCCUGGGGGGGCCCCCCAGGGCCACCAGGACCCAUUGGGGGCCCCCGAGAAUACUUUGGGGGCCCCCCAGGACCCACUUGGGGCCCCCAAGUCUAUACCAGGGGCCCCUCAAGACCCACUAGGGGCCCCCUUGGGGGCCCCCAAAUACCUACCGGAGGGCCCCCAGGAUCCGUUGGGGGCCCCCUCGGGGGGCCCCCAAAAUCCAUUGAGGCCCCCCCAAGACCCAUGGGGGCCCCCCCAAGACCCGCGGGGGGCCCCCCAAGACCCAUUGGGGGCCCUCCAAAACCCAUGGGGGGCCCUCCAAAACCGAUUGAGGGCCCCCCAAGACCCAUGGGGGGCCCCUCAAGACCCACGGGGGGCCCCCCAAGACCCAUUGAGGGCCCCCCAAGACCCCCUGGGGGCCCCCCAAAACCCAUGGGGGGCCCCCCAGGAGCCACUGGGGGCCCCCCAAAACCCAUGGGGGGCCCCCCAGGAGCCACUGGGGGCCCCCAGGACUGGAUUUGUGGGUACUGAUUGGUUUGAAGAUUUGAGUUUGGGGGCCUCUUGUGAAUUGGCCUACAGGUGGCAAGUCCCUUCUUUUAUAAACGCUCUCUUUCUUUCUUUUGGCCUCGAAGACCCCCCCGCUGUGACGAAACAAUUUGCUGCCAGACUUCAAAUACUAAAUGCCCCAGGUUAG